UUUUUUGCCAUUGGGAGUUAAGUCAGUGUGUCUGCUGUCCAUGGGGAUGUGAAAUGUUUCACCCAGUACUUUUGUUCAUGCAGUUUUGCAGGCAUUUCUUAGUAUGGUCGUCAAUGGGAGAUUAUUUGGUGAUUUCUGCCCCAAUGUGGCAUGGUCGUGGACGAUAACUGUCUAGGCGAGCACUGUUUUUGUUCAACGGUAAAGAAAUGAAACGGAAUGGACAUAUCUAUUUGAUGCGACGAGGACAAGUGUAGCCCAUACAAUCGUGGUAUGAAAUGUCUUUCACUGCCUAUGAAAGAACCUCCAAAUGAGGGUGUAUAAGAAUAUGGAGGAUGUCAUGGAAAUGGAGUAAAUAAUAUUCCUUUAAUUUUUACCAUUAUGGAGAACUUUGAUAACCUGAAGCAAGUGUAUGCCAAAUGGGAACAGAAAGGAAAUCCUUACUUAAAGAAUACGCAGGGUUAUGAACCUCCAGCUGGUCUGUCUGUCAACUUGCAGGCUGGAAGGCAGGCAUGGAAGGACAAGUUUGGAGACAAUCUACAGCCUCCUCAGAGAAGAUCAAAAUACAGGAACAAGUUCACUGGAGUCUCUGUUCCCUUGGGCACCAGUUUGGGAUUCUUUAAGGUGAUGCCUAUCAUUGCACCUCAAACCAAUAAGUUCCAAAGGCCGUUUAUGGGCAGAUGUUGUGAAAAAUGUUUAUCUAACAGCAGGAAUUGGUUAUACCAGGAGUCAACAUCAAAACCAGAUAUUGCUGAUGUAUUUCGUGAAUAUGAUGAAUAUAGGAGGAGGAAAGGUUAUCUUGCCAGAGUGUGCAUGUCCUUCAGCUGUACCUUGCAGUCUAGGACGCAGUCGUCUAUCACUUACCCAGACGUAGCUAAACAAGUCAUGAAAAGUAAAAGAAUCCAGGCCACUCUUGAUACAUGUGCAAGGCAGGAUUGUCCAAAGGAAGCUACAACAUUUUCCUUAGAUAAUGAAGAAGAAUUUGAAGAUCCCAAACAGUUGCCCGAGAAACUUGCAUUCCAUAUGAAACGGGCUAAUCAUUUGCUUAGUAAAAUGAAAGCGGGUAUAUCCCUGUCUCUGCUCAAGUUAACCUCAUGGGUAUUGCACAGAGUCCUGAGGUACUUCUUGUCAACAGUUCAAGUUCACAAAGGUCAGAUGGAAAUGGUUCAGAAAGCUGCAGAGAGCAGUCAUCCUUUGAUCUUUCUGCCCCACCAUCGUAGUCACCUUGACUAUGUAGUUGUAACUUUUAUUCUGUACAACUAUGGGAUCAAGGUGCCCCAUGUCGCUGCAGGGGACAACCUGAUGAUUCCGGUUUUUGGAUCUUUCAUGAGAGGGCUUGGUGGUUAUUUUAUAAGAAGAAAGUUGGACAAAGUAGAAGGAAAGAAAGACCUGCUGUACAGAGCUGUUUUGCACACUUACAUGCAGGAGCUUUUACGAGCAGGACAGAAUAUGGAGUUUUUCAUUGAAGGAGGAAGGACCAGGAGUGGCAAGGCUGCUGCACCCAAAGGAGGACUGUUGUCUGUAGUCAUUGACUCAUACAUGGAUGGCCUCUUAGAAGAUGCUUACAUUAUUCCCGUCAGUAUCAAUUAUGAAAAGAUUUUAGAUGGUACUUUUUUCAUCAGAGAGCAGAUGGGUGAACAAAAGAUAAAGGAGACAUUCUGGGGAGCUUUGAAAGCUGUCUGGAGAGUUCUCAUGUCACAUUAUGGUAACAUUAGGGUGGACUUCGCACAACCUUUCUCACUCAAGGAAUAUCUUCAGUCUGCUCAAUACACUAACAUGGAGGCUCGUAAAGAAAACCUUGAGUCUCGCAGGAACAGUUUUUCUCGAGCACGCAGGUCAUCUGGCAAGUUACGCCCGUCUGGCAGUUUGACAUCUUUGUAUGGAACUGAUGUGGUUGUGGAAGACCAGAGACAGACUGUGAAAGACUUGGCACAGCAUGUAGUAUACACUUUUGUGAAUAGUUCCACUAUAAUGUGCACUACCAUGCUGGCAUUCCUGCUUGUCACCAAACACAGAAAGGGUGCAAGAUUAGAAGAGCUUGUACAAAGUUUUGAAUGGCUGAAAGAGGAGAUAACAUUCAGAGGAAGAGAUGUUGGUUUUGUUGGAAGGGCACCAACUGUCAUACAGUAUGCGGCAGAUGUUCUAGGGGACAACGUGGUGAAGAAAUACAGUGUGCCAGCUGAUGACAGUCUUGCUGGCAGUGAGGAUAGCAUUGGCACAGAGUUGAUGUAUUUUGAGCCAGUGACCUGCUUGCCUGAUGUAUUUGAACUCAGAUACUACGCCAGUGGAGCCAUUAGUGUCUUCCUUAUGGAAAGUAUAAUAGCCACAACAGUGUAUGGUGUUGCCUCUGAUGAUCUUGACAUUCGCCACAUUUCUACAACAGAUGUUUUUGUUUCUCAUGAUGAAGUCAUGGAGAAAGCUCAAAGGCUGUGUGCACUGCUGCAGUAUGAGUUUUUAUUUGUUCCACCUUGCACAAGUCUUGGGACAGAGCUAAGCAGUGCCAUGGAUAAGCUGAUCACAUAUGAAAUCUUGAGAGAAGAGGAAUCCUCCCUCCACUCUGCAUACACUGACUCCAGGGAAAUGCAGUGGGCAAAACGGUUUGCCUCCAGUUUAAAGAUGCAAGAAUACAGCUCAGAUGAAGAGGAGGAGGAAGAGGUUGCAUUUAAGAAAUUGCAGGUUCUUCUAGAUGAACCUGACUGCUAUAAUCGCUUCAACUUCUUACUGACUGUCCUGGCUCCAUAUAUUGAGUCUUACUGGAUAGUAGUGCAGUCCUUGACCAGGCUUUUGAAAGAGGAUAUGCCAGAAAAUGAGUUCUUGGGUACUAUUCAUCAAAUUGCCUUAGACAGAGUUGAAGAUGGAGUGGCAGAAUUUGCUGAAAGUGUUUCUAUGGAGUGCUUGAAGAAUGCUAUUAAAGCUUUGCAGAGCAUCAAGGUGUUGGAGAUCUACUAUGAUACAAAAACUGUGGAGUUCACCAAGACUGUCUCCCUGUGUGACAAGUACAGGGAGGAGGAAAGAUUGAAUGACUUCAUAGAUUUUAUAGAGGAUUGCAGAAUGUGAACAUCUGGUUGGUUUUGUUUUUGAGGAUUACUGCGGAAUAGGAGUUGCAGGGGAUAGUUGAUAAGUGAAGGGAGUUGAGUUUAAAGCAUUUUAAAUAUGAAAAGAUAAAGGAACGGAAAAAUAAUUAGUUAAUGAAAUUUCUGGGAUCAUCAUGGUGUACAUAAACCAGACAAUCGGACAUUAAAUUAAGUUAUAUGCAAACAUUCCCAUGUGUCUUUAAUUUAAUGUAUCUAAAACAAAAAGACUUGUCAAAUAAAAAUGAUCUUUUAUUGAGCAUGUUUACCAAGGAGUUCACAUUCUACCAAUUGAAGUUGUGACACACCUGAAUAUUGUGCCAUUACACCCAAGUCUAGAAUAUAUUCAUGUUUAAUGAUUUGAAUUAACUGUAGUUUGGUUUCCUUAAGACAUUUAAAGAGGUAUCAUAUUAAUAUUUCUGUAAAUCCUGAGCGUACAAGGUUAAGACAAGGAGAAAAAAAUGGAUAAUUCUACAGUUUCCAGUCCUAUGACUUGCUGCCUUGUGAUUGUGUGAAGUUCACUGUCGCAUGCAUAAAGUCACUCUCCUCUUGGAUACUUUACCCUCCAGGGGAGAACUAUGUCUGCACCCUUGCCUGAAGUAGCCUAUGGUAUUAAUAUUAAUAGAAAUGUAAUAAUUUGAUAUGUGCAGACCAUGGUUUUCCCUUGGGAGCAAAUAACGCAAAACUUUCAUGUCCACACUUUUUCCUGGUAGGUUAUUGACUACUAAUGAAUAGGACGGACAUGACAUCAGUUGUUGGAGAGUCAGGUGAACAUGUAUAUUGCAUGUCAAAAAACAAAUUAUGUAUAAUUGAAGAGAAAGAGCAGAGGCACCACAAUUGUUGAUGUUAACCACCAAUUACACUUUUUUAUUGUUGGUCUAUUUAGUUUCCUUUCUCUUGUUUAUAAGGUAUUGUUAAGAAGGCAUUGUUAUAUUUUGUUAAUACUUUUUUCUGUUUUUUUUUAACAAUUAAAAUUGGUUAUUCAGUGAUGAUUUAGAAAAAUAGCAAAUGCAGUUAUUCAUUAAUGUUAAUUAUGAAAUGUGUAAAACUGCAAGAAUAAAAGUAGAAAUACUGUACUU